AACAAGUUCAAUAAGCAUAACACAAACUUGUAAUAUCUAUCUAUUUCUUCCUUAUAAUUCUAUAACCCUUUCAAUUCCCACUAAUCAUCAUGUCAAGUGCUCAACAAAACUUCAACCAAGCCCAAUCCCACGGCCAGACUCAGCCUAAGGCUGAUGAAUGGAUUCAAUCCACAAAGGAUUCAGCCAUUGCAGCUGUAGAGAGGGCUCAUGCAGCUUCUACUGACAGGGCUCAUGAAGCUUCUGACGCAACAGGGCAGAAUGCCGCUGCAGCCUCAGCCCGGGUUCAUUCAGCUGCUGACGCAACAGGGCAGAAUGCCUCUGCAGCCUCAGCCAGGGUUCAUUCAGCUUCUGACCCAACUGGGCAGACUGCAAAGGAUUCGGCCUCUGCAGCCUCAGACAGGGCUCAUUCAGCUGCUAACCCAACUGGGCAGACUGCAAGGGAUUCAGCCUCUGCAGCCGCUGACAGGGCUCAUGCUGCUGCUAACACAACAGGCCAGGAGGCUGAAAGAAACAAGGAGGAAUCUGCUGGUUUUCUCCAACAGACUGGAGAGCAAAUGAAGAACAUGGCUCAAGGUGCUGUUGAGAGUGUGAAGCACACCCUUGGCAUGGACAAUAGCAGCAACGCCAACGCCGCCAACACCAACGCCGCCAACACCACCGCCGCCAACAAGUAAACUUGGACAUCUUGAUUCAUUUGUGAAUGUUGUCCUGCUAUACCUCCAUUCAAAUGGAAGGAUAAUAAUGUAUUCAUUUAUUUUUCUUUUUAGAUAGUAUAGCUUUUUCCUAGUUGUUAGGGAUUAGCAUACUACUACUUAUGUCAUGAUUAUUGUGCUUUUUGCUAAUAAAGAAAGCCAUAUCAUUUAUAAUAAAACUUAUAUUCUCUCUA